GGCUCAUAUAUUCAAACUGGAAGUUGCGGUUUCAAUGUUUGAGACUGCUAAAGUAAUUAGUUUGGUGGCUGAUUUGAAGAAGAUUUUCAGCUUGGAAUAACAGCGCAUACAGAACUGUUUCUCACAAGAACUUACCACCUCCUGUGAAGAUGGUGCUGAAUCGAAGAUCAUUGGAAAGAUCCUUCUCUCCUAUGAGUAAAGUGAAGAGGAAGUCAGUUCAUACGCGAAAGUCUGUGCAGUAUUCUCCGGGUUCAGCAAGAAAGUUAAAGGAGAACGCUAAACGCCAGUCAAAUGUGAAAGUAGUUGUGAGAGUGCGCCCUACAAAUGAAAAAGAGUCUGGAGAAAAUUACAGAUCCAUCAUCCAGAUAGUCGAUGACAAGAUGCUUGUUUUUGACCCUAAAAUUGACGAACCUUCAUUCUUUUACCAUGGUGUCAAACAAAACUGCAGGGAUCUGUUAAAGAAACAAAAUAAAGACACUACCUACAUUUUUGAUAAAGUCUUUGGUUUCACAUCAACAAAUACAGAAGUAUUUGAAGGCAGCACGAAAGAAAUGAUAAAGACUUUGUUGAGUGGUUAUAAUUGCUCAGUGUUUGUUUAUGGUGCCACAGGAGCUGGGAAAACAUAUACAAUGCUUGGAAGUGCAGACAGUCCAGGAAUUACUUACCUUACUAUGGUUGAGCUUUAUUCUGAGAUGGAGAACUUGAAGGAUGAGAAAACUUUCGAUCUGUGUGUUUCUUAUUUGGAGGUAUACAAUGAAAAUGUUAGAGAUCUCUUGCAGCCUUCUGGUCCCCUCCAUGUGCGAGAAGACAGUAGAGCAGGAGUUUCUGUUGCAGGCCUCAGAAUGGAGACAAUUGACAGUGCAGACAAAUUACUUGCAAUGUUAGCACAAGGAAACAAAAACAGGACACAACAUCCAACUGAUGCAAAUUCAGAGUCGUCGCGAUCACAUGCUGUAUUUCAGGUUCACAUUCGAAUGACUCAUAGACUUAGCAGUCAGAUUAGUUUGGUGAAACUGUCAAUGGUGGACUUAGCAGGCUCUGAAAGAGGUAGUGCGACUGGUUGCACUGGAGCACGCUUUACAGAAGGAGCUAAUAUUAACAAAUCUCUCCUAGCUCUAGGCAACUGCAUUACAAAUCUGGCUGAUGGCUUGAAGCAUAUUCCGUACCGUGAUUCAAAGCUAACACGCCUGCUAAAAGAUUCACUUGGAGGCAAUUGUUACACUGUAAUGAUAGCGAAUAUAUCACCAUCAAGCAAAUCGUAUGAAGAUACUCAGAAUACUUUAAAAUAUGCUACAAGAGCCAUGAAAAUAAAGUCCACAGUAAAAAGCAAUAUUGUUAACUGUGAAAUGCAUGUGUCACAGUAUGCAAGGCUUGUGGAAGAGUUAAACCGCAAACUGGCUGCACAGAACGACGAAAUUAGUAAACUAAAAGAACAAUUGAAAUCAAAUGUAGUAAAUGAAAGAAGUUCUACAGAGAAAACUGAGAGUGAUGAGAUACAUCACUGGAGGAGAAAAUUAAGAGAAAUGUAUAAAAUUAAAAAGAAGCUCAAUAGUGAAAUCCUGUUAGCAGAAAUGAAGAGAAAAAUACUUAAAUGGAGAGCAUACAUUAAAGAACAAGCUGCUGCUCGUGUCGAAGUUCUUUGUUAUGACAGUGAACAGCUUAAACAGAUUGAGAGAGAGAAUGCAGAGAUAAAGUCACGGCAUCUGAAGAAAUUAAUCACUCUGCAGCAGAAUGAAAUGGAAGGACAUUACAUAAUGUUUAAGACUAUCUGCUGCAUGAUGAAAGACUACUACCUCAUGCUUAAAGGUUUUGGGAAAGAAACCAAUGCAAUGAAAGAAAGCUAUCAGCAAGCUGUCCGCAUGAUGGUAGGAAUUAAGGGUAUAACAUGGGAAGAUUCACAAAAUGAUCACCUAAUGGAUUUAAAGGAAAUUAUGAGGCUUUCUGCAGCUUUGCAAGAAGGAGUUGCUUGUGUUAACCCACCUGUAGUCAGUGAAAGAAGUUUACUCCGGGAUGUGAACAGGAAGGAUUCAUCUGGUUUAAUUUCUGAAGACUCAGAACAACAGUCAGGAAGGUUUAAUUUUUCAUUAAAUUGUAAUGAAGUAAGUUCAGAAAGGCCAAUGGAAGAAGGCUGUACCACAACUUCUCCUUUUAAUGACGAAAUUAUUUCACUUAAAAAUGGCUCACCAGAAUGCUCUCUGUACUACACAGAUGAGAUGGGAAUUACAGUAAGAACAAAAUUUUCCAAAGACACAAGGAGAAUUCUAUGCUCUGAUGACACAGAGGAAACUGGAACACAUUCUUACGAAGCAGAAGAGGCAGUUUUGAAAUGUGAAGCUGAAAAGAUAUGCUCUGCUUUACUAGAAACUGAAUCAGAGUGCCAUAGUCCCAAGGUUAUCUCAGAAAAAGAUCUUAAUAAUACAUUCUCAUGCAAGACAAGGACUACUAACGUAACUAAUCCAGCACUCUGUAAAACUCAGGAUGAAGAGCAUCAGACACAAGAAAGGGAGAUGAAUUUGUUGACACCAGUUUUUAAAUGUGAUCCUGAGGAAAUGAAUGCCAAGAGCCACAUCUUACAGGUUGCCUCAGAGCCAGAUCUUAAUGCAACAUUUUCACGCAAAACAGAAACUAAGAUUGACUGUGGUGAUUCAGUAACUGGUGAUGCUGCGUUCGCUUCACCACAGGACUCCGAAGGACAACAACCUGAGAGCCGCAUAUUGCAAUGUCUCUCUGAAUCAGAUCUUAACAAUACAUUCUCAUGUGAGAUGAGAACUACUAAAAUAACUAAUUCAGCACUCUGUGAAACUCGGGAUGAAGCACAUCAGACACAAGAAAGGAAGAUGAAUUUGUUGACACCAGUUUUUAAAUGUGAUUCUGAGGAAGCGCAUGCCGAGAGCCACAUCUUACAGGUUGCCUCAGAGCCAGAUCUUAAUGCAACAUUUUCACACAAAAUAGAAACUAAGAUUGACUGUGGUGAUUCAGUAACUGGUGAUGCUGCAUUCACUUCACCACAUGACUCUGAAGGACAACAACCUGAGGGCCACAUAUUGCAACGUGUCCCUGAAUCGGAUCUUAACAAUACAUUCUCAUGUGAGACACGAAGUCAGGUUGCAUCUAGUUAUCCAGCCACCUGUGCUGGUCCUUUGUCGUCUAAGAAAGAAGAAAAAGAAUUUUGUUUCUUGAGACCAGUUGGUGUUAAAUGUGUUAGGAAAGUGCAACCUACAAGUCAUAUUUCAACUUUAGACUCUACCUUCCGCCUGCUCAGAGAUGUUGACGCUUCGAGAAAACCAUCUGUACAGAAAUUAUCUCCGGAUUCAUCUUUUGUAAUAAAAAGAACUACAGGAAAGUGUAAAGAUGUUAUUAACAAAACUUUCUUACAACACAAGAAGGUUCUGUCACCUGCAACUCCAGGGAAAAGAAAUAUUCUCUCUAAUCGAAACACCACAGAUACAUUACAAAAAGACAUUGUUGGUCACUCUGAUGUCAAGCAUUUGAACAAUACGGGAAAAAUGAAAAAUUCACUUAAAGCACCAUCAGUGCAAAACAGCACUUUAAAUAAGGAAAACAUUUAUACACCCAAUAUCACAAAAAGGAAAAUAAAAAGAAAUGACAGUAUGAAAUUACCUGUGAAAAAGAAUCAAGAAAGUAUGUUUCCCUCCAGGAGAGUCUCACCACCUGUUACGUGUAGUGGCAUUGCCAAUCACCAGCAAGUGGUAAAACCUGCAGCUAGCAGACACAGAAAUAUCGUCAGUGCGCCACCAAACUGCAUUUAUGGGUCAAAAACACUGCCUGAAACAAUAACUCAGGCAAAGAGGACAUGUCUACUUCGAAGUAGCUGAUCUGAGGAAAUUUGUAUAACAAGUAUACAUUGUAAUAUAUUACCUUUUGUAUUUUUUAUUUUGUAUUUAUCUUUUGUAUUUUAUUACUUCAUAUAGCAGUUAUUAUACCAUGACGUAGUGAAUCAUGUUUAUAUAGAUAAUUUAUGGACAUUUAUAAUCACCGAACACUGUAAAUAAUUAGUACAGACCAAUGAGGCAAAAAUGAAUUUUAAGCAUAGCAUUUUAUUUUUUGAUUUAUAGGAAACUUCGAACUGUCGUGUGUGUUUUUUUUCCUGUAUUUGCGUACUAAAUUAUGUAUAAAU